UCGUCUCGUCUUAUUCACCCUUUCUGUGAUCUGUAUUUCUAUUAGCCCCAAAUAUGAAUCACUAAAGGAACCACCGGGCGCACAGUUGCACCAUGACCUUUGACCGCCGUUUAUACAGCUGGGAGAGUUAUAAAGAUGAGCAGCAGGACGGACGGGUUCCGAGAAAGCAACAUGCAUUCCAGCGGGCUGCUGUUUGCAGCUGCGCUUCUCUCCGUCCUCGUUGCCCGCAGCGGUGGAGGGAACAUCACGAACCAGGGGUUUUACUCGCCGUUCGCUCAGGACGGGCCGGCUCUGAAACUGGACCAGGCUCGGCUCGCUUUUCACAACUACCUGACAGAACAAGUGCAGGUUUUCUACACCUCAGAUUACUGCUACAAGUGUGUGAAGCAGCACCUGGUCACCGUGAAGCCCAACAACAACAACGCUUCUGCAGUCGUCAGCACCAAAUUCACCCUGACUCUGCAGGUUGAGUCCCGGCGCAGGAAUUCAACCCUUUGCAGAUGGAGUCAAAUAUAUGAGGAAGGAGGUCAUUACUCUGUUCGGAUCCAGAUGCCCUCGGCCUUCACUAAUCCAAUCUGCAUUUCUUCUGUGGAUAAACGGCCAAACAAUGCCUACCUGCCCCUUCUGGUGGCGGCUCUCCUGCUGGCCGUCAUUGCUCUGUUGUUUGUCGUGGCGACCUACAUCUACAGGAGGCGUCGCACGUCUAAGUGCAUCCAGAUCCUCUGCUGCCAGGAUCCCCUGUACUCCAUGGAUAACGACGGUGCACGUGUUGGUGAGACUGCGCGCGACACCGGUGAAGCCAAACCGUCGCGUCUGCUCUCCCUGGACGCCUUCCGAGGGUUUGCUCUGACGGUGAUGGUGUUUGUGAACUACGGUGGAGGAGGCUACUGGUUCUUCCAACAUGCACCCUGGAAUGGUUUAACCGUGGCGGACCUGGUCAUGCCGUGGUUUGUGUUUAUAAUCGGGACUUCGGUGGUUCUGGCCUUCAGCUCCAUGCAGAGGAGAGGAGUCGGCCGCCUGCAGCUGCUGAGAAAGAUCACCUGGAGAACAGUUGUGCUGAUGAUGCUCGGCUUCUGCUUCCUCAACUACUCUCCCAGAGACGGCCCGUUGUCCUGGUCCUGGCUCAGGAUCCCCGGAGUGCUGCAGCGUCUGGGCUUCACCUACUUUGUUCUGUCUCUCCUGCAGACUUUCUGGGGCCAGACGCAAAUCCCAGAGAGAGCGCAUCAGUGGUGGAACGCUGCCCAGGAUAUUUUUCUUUACUGGCCUCAGUGGGUGAUAAUAAUCCUGUUGGAGACUUUAUGGCUGUGCAUCACUUUCCUCAUGCCUGUACCCAACUGCCCCACAGGGUAUUUAGGAGCUGGUGGGAUCGGGGAUGACGGUCUUUACCCAAACUGCACUGGGGGCGCAGCAGGAUACAUCGACAGGUGGCUGUUUGGUGAUAACAUGUUCAGAUACCCCACCUGCAAAGAAAUGUAUCUCACUGUGCAGCCCUUUGACCCAGAGGGGAUUCUGGGAACAAUCAACUCCAUUGUGAUGGGAUUUCUGGGGAUGCAGGCAGGAAAGAUUAUUGUUUUCUACAGAAGGAAGACCCUCCACGUUCUCUGUCGAUACCUGGUCUGGGCCGUCAUCCUGGGAAUCUCCGCGGCCAUCCUUUCUAAGUGCACGCGAGACGGAGGAUUUAUACCUGUCAAUAAAAACCUUUGGUCGUUGUCCUACGUGGCGUGUUUGGGCUGCUUCUCGUUCCUGCUGCUUGGAGGCAUGUUCUUUGUCAUUGACGUGAAGGGCUGGUGGCACGGACAGCCCUUCAUAUACCCAGGGAUGAACUCCAUCUUUGUGUACGUUGGCCACUCGCUGCUCGGCUUCUACUUCCCCUUCAGCUGGGAGAUGCACUUCCAGGGGAGCCACUGGGAGAUCCUGCUGCAGAACCUGUGGGGAACCGCGCUGUGGGUGCUCAUCGCCUACCUUCUCUACAGGAACAAGUUUUUCCUCAGAAUAUAAGCAGGACCCAACUCCUACCUGCAGGCCUUAGAAAUAA